AUGACUUGGCUUCUCAACAGUAUGAAAGCACAGAUCAGUAGCAGCGUUAUGUUUUUAACCACUGCGAAGGAGAUGUGGGACAUCCUAAAGAUUAUGUACGGGAACGAGAAGAAUGUUUCCCGUGUAUUUGAAAUUUAUGAGCGACUGUUUGCGCUCAAACAGGGAGAUAAGUCAGUUUCGGAAUUCUUUGGUGAAUUGAAGGGACUGAUAGGCGAACUAGAAAUGCAUCAGCCUGUAGUAGCUGAUGCAGCGAGGCUAUUAGGGUAUCGCCGAGGUCUGACAGUCUCUACUGGUGUUAUUUCUGAUACUAUUGCACCAUCUCAACCUACAAUGGAUCAGUCUGCCAUGUUCUCUGAUCAAGGCAUCGUGGUCAUGGCCAUGAUUCAGGGGGAGGACGUGGCUCCUUUGGUGGGAGGCCAGACAGAUUAUGAGAGGUUACGCCAGCUAGAACUCUCUCAAAACAUUCAUUCUGCUACUCAUGCAUCCUCUUCAGGUAUGAAUGCUUACAUAGCUUCUUCUCACAAAUCCUGGGUACUAGAUUGUGGAGCCUCAUCUCAUAUGACAGGUAUAAAGAAUCACUUUGUAUCUUUACAUCUUUCUGAUAAGUUCCCUUCUAUCCGCAUUGCUGAUAGUACUCUUUCUCCAGUUCGUGGUGUUGGAGUAGUUCAUGCUACUUCCUCUUUAAAACUAACUGAUGUGUUAUAUGUUCCCAAAUUCUCUGACCUAGCAACAGGAAUGAAGAUUGGUUCGGGGCAUGAGAGAGGAGGUUGUGAGUCUUGUGAACUGGGUAAGCAUCAUAGUGCUACUUUUCAGAAUCGAGUCGAUAAACGUAGUAGCUUUGCUUUUGAGUUGGUUCAUUCUGAUGUCUGGGGUCCUUAUCGUGUUCCCUCUGUGAAAGCUGGUUUAAUUGUGGGAAACAUUGAUGAAACAAUAGCAGUGCGGGAUAUUAUUGUUUAUGACCGUAAAAUGGGGUUGUCUAGAAUUAGUGAUCUUCACCCAAGUCUUAUGGCCAUGCAAUAUCCUUUACUAUUCCCGUAUGGUGAAGAUGGAUUUCGACUUGGCGUUCCAUUGGAAGGAGAGUCCGAAAAUUCAAACAAGAAGAGAAAAGAUGUAACAAUGAUGGAAUAUGCUGCAUUUAUGGAAGGAGAGUCCGAAAAUUCAAACAAGAAGAGAAAAGAUGUAACAAUGAUGGAAUAUGCUGCAUUUAAGAUCCAACAAAGGUGUGACGAAGGCCAUACAUUGAUUCUUUCAGGCAAACUAUUUCAGACUUACAUUGUAGAUAUGUUUACAUGUAUUGAAGAAGAUAGAUUGCUUUGGGUCAGACUAAAUCAAACAAAACUUAGAGCGGAGCUAUAUUGUGGCAUUAAAGAUGCAAUAUUCAGAGGUGAUACAGAUGGAGCACAAGUUGGGAAGAGAAUUAUCUUACCUUCAUCGUUUACUGGAGGUAAUCGAUAUAUGACUCAAAAUUAUCAAGAUGCAAUUGCUUUGUGUCGUGUUUUAGGAAAUCCGGAUUUGUUCAUCACAAUUACUUCAAAUCCAAAAUGGCAAGAGAUUAAAUAUGCAUUGGACGAGAUAGGGGGGCAAAGACCAGAUGAAAGACCAGAUAUAGUUGCAAGGGUUUUUAAAAUAAAGCUUGAUCUAUUGAUGGAAGACCUGCAAGCUGGUCAAUAUUUUGGGAAUAGCAUUGCUGAUGAAAGACUAGAUAUAGUUGCAAGGGUUUUUAAAAUAAAGUUUGAUCUAUUGAUGGAAGACUUGCAAGCUGGUCAAUAUUUUGGGAAUAACAUUGCUGCAGCCGUAUACACUGUUGAAUUUCAGAAAAGAGGAUUGUCACAUGCACAUAUCUUGCUAUGGUUGCAUCCUAAUAGCAAAUAUCCAGAUUCGAAUGAUAUUAAUAAGAUAAUCAGUGCUGAGAUUCCGGAUAGAGAAACUGAUCCAGUAGGAUAUGCGGCGGUUGGGCAAUAUAUGAUGCAUGGUCCCUGUGGCAUAUUUAAUACAAGCUCCCCAUGUAUGAGAAAGGGAAAUUGCUCAAAACACUUUCCAAAGAAGUAUGUCAAUGAGACUGUAAUUGAUGAGUCAGGUUUUGCUGUAUACCGACGAAGGAAUGAUAAUAAUAGAUGGGUAGAUAAAAAUGGUACAAAGUUGGACAAUGCUUAUGUCGUACCUUAUAAUCGGAAUCUUAUUGUUAAAUAUCAAUCGCACAUUAAUGUCGAAUGGUGUAACCGAGGUAGGUCAAUAAAAUAUCUCUUUAAGUAUAUAACUAAGGGGCCUGAUCAUGCUUCCAUAUCUCUACGAUCACAUAAAUCAAGUUCAAGCGGUUCAAAUAACCAUGAAAAGACAGAUGAGAUACAAUAUUAUUUAGAUUGUCGAUACAUCUCAGCACCAGAAGCAAUUUGGAGAAUCUACGGAUUUGAUAUACAUUAUAGAGUUCCUGCUGUGGAGAGGCUCCCAUUUCACCUUCCUGAUCAACAGUCAAUGAUUUUCAAAGACUCAGAUGAUCUUAAUGAAAUUAUUGAUAAUAUUCAUGCAAAGAAAUCAAAAUUUAUUAGCUGGAUGGAAGCAAACAAGUUGUAUGAUGAAAGUAAAACACUCACAUACUCAGAAUUUCCUUCACAUUUUGUUUGGUUAGCUGAUGAGAAACGAUGGAAAAUCAGGGAAAAAGGUCGUAGUAUUGGCAGGGUUUUUUAUUCUCAUCCAACUUCAGGUGAGAGGUUUUAUCUUAGGUUGCUUCUUAAUGUUGUAAAAGGACCUACAUCCUUUGAUGACAUUAAAACUAAAGAUGGAAUAGUUUAUCCAACAUUCAAAGAAGCAUGUCAAGCUUGGCGAUUAUUAAAUGAUGACCAAGAAUGGCAAUAUGUUUUGGAUGAGGCUUCUUAUGUUGCUUCUGGAAAACAAUUUAGGCAAUUGUUUGCCAAAUUAUUAUUGUUUUGUGAAGUUGUGAAUCCACAAAUAUUAUGGGAAAAUAACUGGAAGUAUAUGGCUGAAGGUAUAUUGGAAGAUCAGAGAAAUAUUCUUGACAUGCCUACCUUAACAAUGUCAGAACAGGAACUUCAAAGUUAUACUUUAGCUGAAAUUCAGUAUUUAUUGCUUGAAAAUGGAAGAAGCUUAAAAAAUUUCAAAGGGAUGCCUUUACCAGAUCUACAAAUAAUGCAGCAAUGCAAGCACAAGAUUAUUAGUGAAGAAUUAAAUUUUAACAGGGAUGAGUUAAGAUGUGAAAAUGAGAAGUUUAUUCAAGGAAUGAACACUGAUCAAAAAGUUAUAUAUGACACUAUACUUGGGUCUGUAUAUAAAGAACAGGGAGGAUUAUUUUUCAUAUAUGGGCAUGGAGGAACUGGAAAAACUUAUCUUUGGAAAUCAAUUAUUCUAAAUUCUGGAAAAACUUAUCUUUGGAAAUCAAUUAUUUCUAAAUUACGAUCAGAAGGAAAAAUUGUAUUGCCAGUUGCUUCAUUAGGAAUAGCAUCAAUAUUACUUCCUAAAGGCAGGACAGCACAUUCUAGAUUUAAUAUUCCCAUCAUUCUGAAAAAUAAUUCGACUUGUGGAAUCAAAAUAGGUAGUCCUGAAGCUGAAUUAAUCAAGAUGACAAGUCUUAUAAUCUGGGAUGAGGCUCCAAUGGUCCACAAACAUGCUUUUGAAGCUGUCGAUAGAACAUUCAAAGAUAUAUUAGGAGCAGAAUGUUCUGAAAAUGUAAACAAACCUUUCGGUGGAAAGACAUUUGUGCUUGGGGGCGACUUCAGACAAAUACUUCCGGUUAUUCCAAAGGGAUCUAAACAUGAUAUCUUACAUGCUUCUAUCAGUUGUUCGUAUUUAUGGAGGGACUGUAAAGUUUUAACACUUACUAAGAAUAUGAGAUUGCAAACACAAGUGAAUGAAAGUACUACAAUGUCUACCUCUGACUUUAGUAAGUGGGUACUUGAUAUUGGAAAUGGAGAUAACAUGUGUAAGAAAAAUGCAUUUCAUGAUCAGGAUUUUUUAGUUCAGAUACCAGAUAAUUUUAUAAUUCAUGCGAAUGGUAAUCCGAUUGAUGCGGUUAUAUCGUUUACAUAUCCUAGAUUGAUGCAGAAUUACUCAAAUGAAGAGUAUUUAGAGGAAAGAGCUAUACUAACAGCAAGGAAUGAAGUUGUUGACAUAAUUAACAAUGAAAUUCUAGACAUCGUUCCAGGGGAGUAUGUUACAUAUCUGAGUUCUGAUUCUCUUUGUCCCACCUCGCCAAAUCUUGCAAGCAAUGAAAUAUUAUAUCCAACUGAAUUUCUAAAUUCACAGAAAUUUCCUGGGAUGCCAAAUCAUGAAAUUAAACUUAAAGUUGGUACUCCUAUCAUGCUUUUGCGUAAUCUUAGCCCGGCAGAUGGUCUUUGCAAUGCAAUUUCUCGAGUUACUUCACCACAGGGACUUAAAAUCCUCAUUGAAAAUGAAGAUGGAAUAGAUAACAAUGUAACAGAGAAUGUUGUGUACAAAGAGGUUUUCAACAAUCUAACUGCAGUUGAUCAUCAUUGA